AUGUCGGGUAACUCGGCUGCUUCUUCUGGGCAGCGGCGGCGGGGGGAGCUAGAGGCUCGCGAAGAGCCCGGGACGCGCGCCGGCCGCUCAGAGCCGGGCCGUGGCGGUUCCCGCGCGGACCCCGGGCCGCACUCGCUGCCCGUGGGGCCGCGGACCCGGCGAGGAAGUCUCCGGGAGACGGUGGAUGGCGGCGAGGAAAAACCUAAGGUGUAUCAAGGUGUCCGGGUGAAGAUCACGGUGAAGGAGCUGCUGCAGCAGAGACGAGCACAUCAGGCAGCCUCAGGGGGAACCCAGUCCGGAGGCAACAGUGUCCACCUUUCAGACCCAGUCCCACCAUCUUCUGCAGGACUGUAUUUUGAGCCCGAACCAAUUCCUUCCACACCCAAUUAUUUCCAACCCCGAGAAUUUUCCAGUUGUGUUUCUUGUGAAGAAAACCCAGGCUUUCUGGACCAGAUAUUUGAUUCCUACCUUCAGCCAGAGACACACCCGGAUCCUUCGCUCAGUUCCAUGCAAAGUACUCCACACUAUUUCCCAGACAGCUUCCAAGCUGCCCCCUUCUGCUUUAACCAGAGCCUGACGCCAGAAUCGCCUUCAGAUUCCUCCACUCUGUCUGGCUCCUUAGACUACAAUUACUGUCCUGCUCAGCUGCCUUCGUACGCCCCGGAGAGUCACACCGCUCUCCCCGCACUGGACCCCAGGAACUGCGGCCACCCCUCGGGAGAUUACACCUACGCGCACGCGCAGUAUGACAGCUUCGCCCCCGCCUCGGUCUGCUGCUGCGCCUCCUGCGAGGCCGAAUGCUUGGACGCCUUCCGAGCUUCAGACUGCUUUUCCUGCCCCAGCACAGACUAUGUGAACUUCGCUCCCUCCGCAGCAGCAAGCAGUGAUUUCUAUAAGAGGGAAACAAACUGGGACAUCUGCUACAGUUAA